UAUGUUGGAUUGGAUGAAAGAUGUAACAAAUCGCGAAAAUGCUGAUCUGAUCAAGUUUUACCCUUUGCCGAUUUUACUGAUGCUUUCGUGACGAAACCCAGCGAUGGACUUCAGAAAGCUUCUAUCCCUCGCCUCAAAAAAGCAACAAAAUGUUGAAAAAAGCGUUGUUACAGUCGGUAAGAGAUAUGAUACAUCGGUUCCUCCUCCAAGCAGGGAAGUGAAGAAGAAACUAGUUGGUGUACAGUCGGCAGCAGUUAGAGCAUUCCUUGAGAAAAAGGAGAAGGAACAAAAACACAAAGAAUUCGCAGAGAAAAAGAAGGCUGAAAAAUGCCAAGAGUAUAUGCAGCAGUAUGUCAACUCAAAGAAGCAUGCAAAGGGUGCUAAUGGUAUUCAGUUGCACACACCAGAAAAAAGGAAACCAGAACAUAUAAAGAUUCCAAAAAUCUCUCAAGGUGGUAUGAAAGCUGAUGGAAAAUCUGAAUCCGAAUUGAGGGUGAGCACUAAGAUCACUACAAAACUAAUCCAUCCGUCAGCCAGAAACUCUCAUAAAAGUGCAGCUAAGGAAAAACCAAGUUUAUUUACAACUUUUAAAGAAAAGGGAUCAAAGGAUGGAAACCAUUUGGCGAGUACGGCAAAAGAGAGUCGGGAUAGUCAUAGAAAGGAGAGGAUUACAGAUAAUGCCAAACGCUUGAUUCAAAAAAGGGAGCAAGAGAGGCAACGAGAAAAAACCCUUGCUUCAAAGGGUAAAACGAAGAUGGUCAAAAGGGCCCACCAAUCUAGGGCAAAGGCUCCUAUGUCAUUUCAAGACAUUUUAAAACUUGCUCAGAAUAAAGAUAAAGGUGUGGGGAGUGUGAGUGGUGCUGAGAAGGAUUGGCACAAAGUGCCAGAAGACCGUCCCAUGACCCAGGAAGAAAAGGACCGUCUCGCUAGAAAGCAGACUAAGGAAUACCAAGAGAAGUAUAGUUCGGCUGCUUCAAAAAAAGGUUCAGUUCCUAUUAGUACAGACACUGUCAAAUCACAAAUCUCUCGAGCAAGAGAGAUGCCGUCCAACAAGGUGGAGCCAAAGGGCAAUGGUGCUAUUCUUAAAGUAAAAACAAAUGGUGCAUCAUCAAAACCAUCUCUGUCCCGUCCUGGUGUUAAAACUGCCCCACCUAGUGGUGGGAGACCUGUGCAGUUGCCGCAGAAAAAGUAUGCUGAAACACGCGAGAAUGUUCUCAUCUGUCGCCCGGCAUCCAGCAAACAAAAGAGUGACUCUGAGGACGAACCAGAACAACAUCUCUCAGCCUGGGACAGGAUCUAUAAAAAGAUGAACAAAAAUCGACCAGUGAAAAGAAAAUACGACGAUGAGGAGAUAUUUGAAGAUGAUUACGAGGAUGACUACAGUGAUGACUUGGAUAACUUUAUUGAUGACGGACCAGUGGAGGGGCAAGCAGGAGUCUCGAAAUAUAUCAGAGAAAUAUUCGGUUAUGAUAAACGAAAAUUCCGCAAUGAGCGCAUUGAUGACAUUGACAACAUGGAGACCAACUUUGCUAGUCAGAUGAAGGAGGAGGCAAGGAGCACUCGUCUCGGGAAACAGGAAGAUUUGGAGGACAUGAGACAGGAGGAGCUGAUGGCCAAACGGAAGGUGGCGAUGAUGAAGAAUGCAAAGAAGACAAAGAGAUAACAUAGCAUGAUGAUAUCACGAAGAGACUUUCAAGAUUGUGAGACAUUUGGCAUCAUUUCCUCACCAAAUUGGGCUAUUGAUUGCCCUGAUAAGCUGAUGGACAAAUUCCAUGUUCCUGUCUUUGAUCAGCCUCCACCUAUACUUGAUUAUGGCGUGCAUGAUGAAUCAAUGGCCAUUUCUUUGUGCUCAUCUGCAUUUAGGUUCUGCCCACGUGAAAUAUAAAGAAAGGUUUGCCUGGCCAGCAUGUUACUCUCUUUUCAUCCUUGGAGUGGAGCAGGUUGAAUAAAGAGGAGUAAAACUUGUCUCUGGUCAUACAUGUAUGUACAUGUAAACUUGAGUCUUUAUUCUAUGUAGAUUUGUUGUUCUAUCUUAGUCUGUGAAUUUGAUCACAUGGAGUAAAACCCAAUAAAGUUGGGCAAAUAGUCAUUGUAUAUUACUCACGAUUAAUUGUAUGAACUGGCAUGUGUCGAAUUAAACGAGUCAUGUUACAUCUUUAUCACUGAAGAUCCUGAGAAUAUUGUCACAUUUAAUGUCAAAUACUUGACCGGUUUAUAGCCAAAAUCUGUGGCUAUCAUAAUCUUUUGUGGUGAAAUCUUUUUGUGACAAAAUUGAAUGAAUGAAGACCGUGUUGCAUGUGUUGAGUGAGUAAUGCUUUCAUUGGAUGCUCAUCUUUUUUGGCAUUAAGUGGCCUAUUAAGUUGUUUUUUGUUGAUGGAGAGCUGAGCUGGGAUUUUUAAUUUAAUUUAUUUGUAAAACUUUGUCUGCAUUUUGUGAGUUGAACCUUGAAGGUGACAAUCAUAUGACUAUGUCCCAGCAUCCUCUAUUGAUGAUUAAAUUUAGCAUGACUGGAGGACUAGUCCUUUAUUCAUCUAUACUUCCCCUAUUCCUGCAUGGAAUCAGAUAGUGGAAAGGGUUUUCUGACAGGUUCUCCGAUGUAGCCAUACCUUUCUUGAUGCUUGACAACCGAGGUGGUGAAUGAUUGUCAUAUUGAUGUGAUCACAGUUGUAUGGUGUCGGGUAAUAUUUAUUAGAUGGAAGGUGUUAUGGAUGUGGAGCAACAAUUUGUUCAUUGUAAAGUCACUAAUAUAUAGAUAUU